UUAUAAAGGCAGCUUGGAGCCCUCGUCUGUAGCUACAGUGCAACGAAAGUUAACUGGCACGAUGGGAAAGAUCAUUUUCUACGAAGACAGAAACUUUCAGGGCCGAAACUAUGAGUGCAGUAGCGAAUGCACGGAUCUGCACUCCCACUUCAACCGGUGCAACUCCAUCCGGGUGGACAGCGGUGACUGGAUGGUCUAUGAGAGGUCCAAUUACAUGGGCUAUCAGUACUUUUUAAGGAAGGGUGACUAUCCAGACUACCAGCGCUGGAUGGGAUUCAACGACUGCGUCCGCUCCUGCCGGAUGAUCCCAGCGAACCAAGGCUCUCACAAAAUGUCCAUCUACGAGCGCACAGAGUUUGGAGGCCAGACCAUGGAGCUGACUGAAGACUGCCCUUCUCUGUACGAACGCUUCCAUUUCAAUGACAUCCACUCCUGCAAGGUCAUGGAUGGCCACUGGAUCUUCUAUGAGCAUCCCCAUUACAGGGGACGCCAGUACCUGAUGCGUCCUGGUGAAUACAGGAGGUUUCACGAGUGGGGAAGCAUGAGUCCCAGAGUGGGAUCUAUUAAACGAAUUGCUAUGUGAGAUAAUGUGCAAUGUUUACUGUGAAGGAUUACAAAUAAAGUCAACAAUAAAUCUAACAGAAUACAAA